ACAAACAAAAUGCAAUGCAUAACAGUUAAACACCGAUUUUCUCCAUUAAUAAUAUUCCCUAAUAUUUGUAGUAAUAGUAAUUAUUUUGGUAUACCUUUUAGACCAAAAAUAUGUACUAAUAUUAAUACUACAAAAUCAAGAUUAUCAAGUACUUGCUACCCCAUCAAAUGUUCUGUGGUCCAUAACCCUAGUUCUACUACUACUAUUGUUAGAAGAUCAGGAAACUAUGAACCUCCCAUUUGGUCUUUUGAUUAUAUUCAUUCUCUUUCAAGCAAAUAUAAGGGAGAAGCUUAUACAAAUCGACUAAAAAAGCUUGAGAAUGAUGUGAAAAUGAUGCUACUUGGCAUGGAAAUUAAUUCUUUAGCCCAACUUGAGUUCAUUGAUACAUUACAAAGACUUGGAAUAUCUUAUCAUUUUAAAAAUGAAAUAUAUAAUAUUUUAAAGAAAAAGUACACUAAUAAUAUAAAUAUUAUGAAUAAAAACCCUAAUUAUGACUUAUAUGCCACUUCUUUGGAAUUCAGACUUCUACGCGAAUAUGGAUUUGUAGUACCUCAAGAAAUUUUCAAUGAUUUUAAGGAUGAUGAGACAGCAGAGUUCAAGGCAAGUAUAAGUGAUGAUAUUAUGGGAGCAUUGGCUUUAUAUGAAGCUUCAUUUUAUGGGAAAAAUGGUGAAAGUGUUUUGGAAGAAGCAAGAAUUUUCACAACCAAAUGUCUUGAAAAAUACAAAAUAUUGUCAAGUAAUAAUAAUAAUAAUAAUAAUAAUAAUAAUAAUAAUAAUAAUAAUAAUAAUAAUAAUAAUAAUGUUAUGGAUAUAUUAUUAUUAGUGGAUCAUGCUUUGGAAAUGCCACUUCAUUGGAGAAUCACAAAAUCAGAAGCUAGAUGGUUCAUUGAAGAAAUAUAUGAGAAAAAACAAGACAUGAUGAUGAAUUCUACUUUGCUUGAGUUUGCCAAAUUGGAUUUCAACAUUGUGCAAUCAACAUAUCAAGAAGAGCUCAAAUAUCUCUCUAGGUGGUGGAAGCAUUCUAAACUUGGAGAGAAAUUGCCUUUCGUUAGAGAUAGAUUGAUGGAGUGUUUCAUGUGGCAAGUUGGAAUAAGAUUUGAGCCAGAAUUCAGUUACUUUAGAAUAAUUGCUACACAAAUCUAUGUUCUAAUCACAAUAAUUGAUGAUAUGCAUGACAUAUAUGCAACUUUGGAGGAACUACAACUUUUCGCUAAUGCUCUUCAAAGGUGGGAUUUGAAAGUAAUAGAUGAGUUACCGGAUUACAUGAAGAUGGCUUUCCUCAUUUUAUACAAUUUCACAAAUGAAAUGGUGUUUAAUGUAUUAGGAGAACAUGGUUUUGUUAACCUUGAAUACUUCAAGAAAUUGUGGAUAGACAUAUGUAAACAUCAAUUGCAGGAGGCAAAAUGGUUCUAUAGUGGAUACCAACCAACAUUGCAAGAAUAUACUGAAAAUGCUUGGAUUUCAGUAGGAGGACCAGCUUUUCUUAUGCAUGCUUAUUUCUGUUUUACAAAUCUCAUAACAAAUGAAGAAGUGGAAUGUCUUAAAGAGGGUUAUCCCAAUAUUGUUCGACAUGGAUCCCUAAUAUUACGACUUGCGGAUGAUCUAGGAACAUGUUCGGAUGAAAUGAAAAGAGGCGAUGUUCCUACAUCAAUUCAAUGUUACAUGCAUGAUACUGGUGUUUCUGAAGACGAAGCUCGUGAGCACAUCAAGCAUUUGAUAAGCGAAUCAUGGAAGGAGAUGAAUAAUGAAAAUGGAGAUCAUAAUUCUUCUUUCUCCAAAGAAUUUGUUCAUGUUUGCAAAAAUCUUGGUAGAGCGUCACAAUUUAUUUACCAAUAUGGAGAUGGACAUGCUUCUCAAAAUACUCUAUCAAAAGAUCGUAUUUUUAAAAUUAUUAUUAAUCCUUUCCCCUAUAAAUUAUGAUUAUAGAUGUAUUAUGGUAUUGACAUUAAUAAUAAUUACAUAAAUAAAAUAAAAUUAUCUAUUAUAUGUAUAUGUUGAACUUUGUGGUGGUGAAAGUACGAUUAAAGUAAAUUGAGAUGAAUCAAUUUAACUUUUUAAUUAAUAAUAUGUUUUUUUCUUCUAUUGUUUAUUUAUUUUUAUUAUGAGCUUCAACUCUAACUGAAGUGACGUAAUUAACUAGUUGCUGGAGGUUGUUUUUUUCUUCGUCCAGGCCCGCCAGCCUUCUUUGGAUUUAGGUGUGGCUUGGUCGGGUUUGUACUUGUAGUUUUGCUACUUUAGUCCUGUCUUGUAACAUAGUUUUGAAUAUCUUUUGUUUAGGAUACUGGGAUUAGUCAUUUUUACUGUGACAUGGUUUUGUUUUAUUUUAUUUUGUUGUUGAUUUGUCUUCUUUGGUCUUUGAUGACUCGUCAUCAAAUCAUUGUUAGUGGUUGGGAAUAACAAGUUAUUUGUGGCUGAAAGGGUUGUUAGUGGUUGUCAUAGUCAGAGUCCUGUGAUCCGAAGGGGAAAGACCGGGAGUUGUACAAUCCCCCAUCGCCUGGGAAAGGUCAUGUGUGAUGAUUCU